AAUAAGAUUACAAAGAAAAAAGAAAGGUGAGAGGAAAUGUCAUAGGGUUUUGCCCUAUUUGGCAAGCAGCUCAGAUAAGCCACCCCACGCUUAUCUGUAUGUAUGUAUGUAUGUAUGUAUGCACAUACAUACAUUCAGGAGACAGUUGCUGUUGCAACUUCCUUGCUUGAAGUCCCUAAAGAUCUUUCGCAACCCCAUCUGCAGCUGACCCCUCCUCCCUUCAUCCUCUUCGCACAGAAGAUACAGCCCCUUAUAGCAAUGCAUGCAUUCUGAAGACUGCUAGGGGGACGUUUUCUUUUUGUCCUAUUCUGCUGUGCCUGGAUGUUGCAGUCCUGUCUGUCUUCUGCCUGCGACCGCUGCCAUGCACCACUCUGAAGCUGACAGCUCCCUGUUGAUCUACAUGGGUGCAGUGGUGCUCUACGGAGGGACGAUCCUUUACCGAGUCAAAAAGAACUGUGUGGAGAAGGCAACCCCCUUUUCCUGGGGUCUCCUCUUGCUCCUUGCUUCAGGAGUCCUGUGUUUUGCCACACUGAGAAGUUACCUGGGCUUGAGUUUGUUCUCGCUGAUGUGCUUCCUCUUCUGCAUUUACACAUCCGAUCAAGCCCUGCUCCCUGUGGACCACAAAGCAGUACUCAUCACAGGAAGCGAUAGUGGCAUUGGACAUGCAUUGGCGAAGUACCUUGACAGUUUAGGAUUCACCGUGUUUGCCACCGUUCUGAAUGAGAGAGGGCCUGGUGCAGAAAAACUGAGGCAGUCCUGCUCAGAUAGACUUUCUGUUCUGCAACUAGACAUCACUAAUUCGGUGCAGAUUAAAGAAGCGUACCUUGAAGUAAGAAGGAAGUUGCAAGGUGCAGAUCUCUGGGGUGUCAUCAACAAUGCUGGGGUCCUGGGUCUCCCGGGAGAUGGCGAACUGCUCCCUAUGCAAUCUUACAAGCAGUGCAUGGAUGUCAAUUUCUUCGGUCCCGUUGAACUGUCAAAAGCUUUCUUGCCAUUGCUCCGCAAGUCCAAAGGAAGGCUUAUUAACAUUUCAAGCAUGGCAGGAGGUAUCCCCAUGCCAGGCUUUGCUGCCUACGGUGCAUCCAAAGCAGCCCUAUCCAUGUUUUCUGGAGUCAUGAGGCAAGAGCUCUCCAAAUGGGGCAUCAAAGUAUCUGUGCUUCAUCCAUCAGCCUUCAAGACAUGUAUCCAGGGAACUCCGAAGAUCUGGAAUAAGGAAGAACGCACCCUUCUUGAGAAUCUCAUGCCUGAUGUGAAGCAAGAUUAUGGCGAAGAAUACAUCCUCAAGCUGAAGAUGGCUCUCAAUGCCAUGCAAUUUCUUUCCGUGUCAGAUCUCUCUCCCGUGCUUUGUGAUGUUUUACACGCAUUAUUGGCAGAGCGCCCAUGUGGUUUAUACACUCCAGGCAAGAAUGCUUACAAAUACCUUCUCAUCUUCUGCUAUUCUCCUCUCUGGUUUUAUGACUUUUGCAUAAGGAAAAUGUUCAGCACCUCAGACAUGCCCAGCGCUCUCAGAGCAGCAGAGAAAGCAAACAAGAACUUGUAGGCAGAUACUGCCUGACUUAGUCAUUUGUGUGUCAGGCUAUUUAGCUGCCUUGUGAAUGUUGGGAAUCUUGCAUUUCAUGUGUUAAAAACACAUUGGAUGGAUAAAAGAGGGGAAUGUUUAGAUUUAAGGCAGAAACCCUCUCUAUUCUGUACAUUGCACC